AUGGCAGAGCCAAGUACAAAGAGACUGCGGUGCAUCAUCAUCGGGGCUGGAGUGUCGGGCAUCUUGAUGGGAAUCAAAAUCAAACAAGCCUUUGGAGACUAUGUCGAGUUCCAGAUCUUCGAGAAGAAUGAAGACGUGGGCGGCACUUGGUUUGAAAACCGAUAUCCAGGCUGUGCUUGUGACGUGCCCAGUCACAUUUAUCAAUACAGCUUUUGUCCCAACCCUUACUGGUCCAGCUUUUAUGCUUCAUCCGCCGAGAUCCAGUCGUACCUGAGGGCGGUGGUCUUCCAUUACGGCAUCGACCGACAUAUCAGCUUCAAGAGCAAAAUCGCCGGGGCGGAAUGGGAUGACCAGCGGGACGUGUGGACGGUGAGGGUGGAGAACAAGGGCCAGUUCGAAUGUGAGAUCCUGGUGAAUGCGGGCGGCAUCUUGAACAACGUGGCGUAUCCCCAGCUUCGGAACUUGGACCGAUUCAAAGGGCCGGUCCUCCACACGGCCGCCUGGGACGGCGACGUCGACCUCUGGGGGAAACGGGUGGCGGUGGUGGGCGCGGGCGCCAGUGCCAUCCAGUGUCUGCCGGCGAUCCAGGCCCAGGUCGAGCACGCCGACAUCUACAUCCGUACGCCGUCGUGGAUCUCGCCGCCGCCCGGGGCGGCGAUCAACCCGGAGCGGAAUCACGUCUACACGGCCGAGGAGAUCGAGCGGUUCAAGACGGACGCGGCGUAUUCGGUGCGCGUGCGCAAGGACAUGGAAACCGCGUACAACUCCAUGUUCCGGGCCUUCAUCAAAGGCAGCCCCGAGCAGCAGGAGCUGCGACGCCGGUUCGCCGCCUACAUGAAGGCUCGGAUCCCAGAGCCGCAUCUCCAGACCAAGAUGAUCCCGACCUUCGACGUCGGCUGCCGACGCAUCAACCCCGGCGAGGCCUACCUGGAAGCUCUGCAACAGGCCAACGUGAGCGCGGUGUUUGACGCCAUCGACCACGUGGCCGAGGACGGCUCCGGCAUCGUCACGGCCGGCGGCCAGCUGCGACCGGCGGACGUGAUCAUCGCCGCCACGGGCUUCGACACCUCGUUCCGCCCGCGCUUCCCCAUCAUCGGCGCCGGCGGCCGCGAUCUCCGCGAGCUGUGGAAGGACGACGCCACCGCGUACUGCGGGCUCGCCGUCGCCGGCUUCCCCAACUAUCUGUUGUUUCUGGGCCCGAACACGCCCAUCUCCAACGGCAGCCUGAUGGGCACGCUCGAGGCCACGGCCGACUUCUUCAUCCGCAUCAUGACCAAGGUCGCCGCCCAGCGCGUCCGCUCCUUCGCCGUGCGCCCGGACGUCCAGGCCGACUUUGACGCCCACACCCAGCAGCUGAUGCAGAACAUGGUCUGGUCCGGCCCCUGUUCGUCCUGGUACAAGUCCAAGUCCUCCGGCAAGAUCCUGGCCCUGUGGCCCGGCUCCUCGCUGCAUUACCGCCAGGUCCUCGACUCCAAUCGCUGGGAGGACUUUGAAUGGAAAUAUGACGCCAACCGCUUCGCCCACUGGGGCGACGGUCUGUCGCACAUCGAGCGCCGCCCGGACCCUGACCCUGCCCCAGACACGCACGAACCUAAGCCGAAGGAUCUGGCUUACUACAUCGAGCCGCAUGCCAAUCUGCCCUUGGAGGCCUAUUACCUUUCUUCCAGAGGCUACAGCCGCCAGCCAAUGCUCCCGAAGCCAAGGGUGGACAGUGAGCUCGCCUCGUCCCCCUCCCCUUCCUCCUCCUCCUCGUCGUCGUCGUCGUCGUCUGUGUUUCCCCCCCGAUCGGACACGGACCUCUCGAGCGAGGACACGGCCGGUUGGAAUACGGUGGAAGCUCACCUCGCGGGAGUCGCUGCCUUGGGUACAUAG